CGGCCGCGAUUGCUGCAGCGGCUUCUCUAAUACAGGUCUUCUAAAAUUAGCUGCGCUCGCAUAUCCAACGUUCUAUUAAUACACGGACAGCCUCGUUCUCUAUUGCUUACUUGAACGGCAAUUCACAGUUUUUCGUUCCUCUACUGUAGAGUCACGUAGAAAUACGAAACCGUUCUCACAAAUUUUCGACUUGGGAAUUCUCUGGCAGUGAUCAAAACAAUUUCAUUGUCAAUUAUUGCGUGAUAUUGCACGCACACCAUGGAAAAGGGAUGGUGGAGACCCCGAUGUACGUGGACCGGGAUGAGUAAGGAAAGAAAAGCUAUGAGGAAGGAAGAACAGAAAGCAGUGUCGUCGACAGCCGCAUCGGAUUAAAACCGAAACGAAAACAAAGUAAAGCAAUAAUUUCUAGUGCAAGAGAAAAGACGAUCAUUACACCUAAUAAUCAGAUUCAACACACAUGUAAGACAAGUAGGUACAGUUUAUUUGAAAAGUCUGAAUAUAUGAGAAUUAUCCUCUUACUCUGUCGUGUGCUAUUGAUACGGGUCUCCGAGGACGAGUGAACGUGUUCAGAAAAUACUUACCUCCUUUUACUUGCUUGUUAGCUUGAUCUCGUAUCCUCCGGGAUCAGCAUGUAUCGACUACCGCGACCUUAGGCAACAAUAAAAUUGACUCAAGUUGAGUGUGACGGUUCCAAAUUGAAAAGGGCCAUAGCAUCAUCAAAAGUAAAAGGCAAGUCCUUGUUUUGGCGCCAGGCAAUGAGGUGAUGAUGGCCUACGGGGGAGCUGGCGGUUCCGCAAUGGGAGCCACCUCUGCAGCCAGUGACGUAGUCCUCGGCAACGCGGGACAACAACCGCCACCGCCGCCGCAACAACAGCAACAGCAGACCCAGUCUCAGCCAGAAUACAACCCUCAAGGAACGACGAGCUCAUCACUGGCUGCAGUGGCAGCAAUCGAAACUGGGCCUUAUGGAGCUCAUGGGUCUACUACGAACUACAGCCCUCAAGACAGUCCUGUGGAUUCAGUUGUGACUGCUACGAGUAACGGCCAGGUGCCAAGUUUUGGUUUUACGCAGGAACAGGUCGCCUGCGUCUGUGAGACGAUGGUGUCGUCUGUUCAGGUGCUCCAGCAGGCAGGGAGUGUCGACCGGCUGGCACGGUUCCUCUGGUCACUGCCGGAGUGCGCGCGUCUCCGAAAGAAUGAGAGCGUUUUGAAGGCCGAGGCCGUUGUGGCUUUUCACCACGGCAAGUUCAAGGAACUCUACAAGAUUCUCGAGAACCAUUCCUUCAGUUCACACAACCAUGCCAAGCUCCAGCUUCUUUGGCUCAAAGCGCAUUACGUCGAGGCAGAGAGGUUACGAGGCAGACCCUUGGGUGCCGUUGGCAAGUAUCGGGUACGGCGCAAAUUCCCUCUUCCGCGAACAAUUUGGGACGGCGAGGAGACAUCGUACUGUUUCAAAGAAAAAUCGAGGUUAGUUUUAAGAAAAUGGUAUGAAGCAAAUCCGUAUCCGUCGCCACGAGAAAAGCAGGAGCUUGCCGAAACUACCGGACUGACCACCACACAAGUAAGCAAUUGGUUCAAGAAUCGCCGGCAGCGAGACCGAGCUUCUGAGCACAAUGGUCAAAAGGGUGACAAGUGUCAUAGCGGCGAUCCCGGUGACUCGAGCUAUGAAAGCGGUGAUGAGACGAAACGUCAAUCUGUCAGUCAACAGUCGCAGCAUUCAACUUCUUGCGCUAUCCAGCAACAGCAGCAACAACAGUCUUCAUCACAUCAACUGGUGGAUCAUCAACAACAACCGACCUCAAGCAUGUACCAUCUGCCCGUGCAAGUAUCUGUAUCUUCUAGCUCACACUCAUACCACCAGGGCCUCGGACAAUCUGGCCACCAUAUGCAACCUCAGCAGCAGCAUCAUCAUGAUACGAGCAAUGAGAGCAGUGACGAUAAGCGUAACCUCCAUCAUCAACUACAGCAUCUGCAGGCAGCAGCUGCCGUUCACGGACUCGUUCCUCCAACAGCGUCACUGCCAUCACAAUCGAGCUGCUCUCAGCAGAAAAGUCAACUCGACUAUAUGCAGUACUAUAGUUCGCAGGAUUACCUCAUAGGCUCGUCGAGCUCGACUGAACUGCAAAAGCCUCUUCCACAUACUACAACAUCCAUGCAGAUGGGGGCAAUCACCUCAUCUAUGAGCGGCCUCAGCCCGAUGGGCCCCUCUACAAUAAUGCCAUCAACGAUGCAAGGAGUGAAUCAUACAGUGAAUAGCAUGUCGAUGAAUAGUAUGGGUAUGGCUGCGUACCAGGGUAUGGGCACCAUGAGUAUGUCGAACUCCCACGCGGGCUACCAUAGCGCCAGUCUUGUUCUCGGAGAGUAUCACUCCUUGUGACCUAGGGUACGACCGAGACGCAAGCAAGGAACUUCAACUCAACAGUUACAGCAUCAUCACUACUAUCAGUACCACAACCAACAACAAUAUCAUCAUUACCAUCAUCAUCAUCAGCAGCAGC